AUAUCUCAAUGUUGCCUAAACUGUCUUUGAUUUCGUGUUAAAAAAAAAAAGAAAGAAAUUUCAACUUGUUCAACUGCUUGGUUGGCAGCAGUGUAAAAUUUGAUAGUUCUUUUCAACAUGGCUUCUUCAGGUAAAAAGGGUAAGAAAAAUAAAGGGACUGUAAUAUCCCUUCAGUCAUUCCUCGCCAAUGGCGAACCCCAAGCUGGCAUCACCCAGGUAGCAAAAAAAGUUCGCAAUUACGGCAACGAUAGUGACGACGAUGACGGCUCUCUGCCUCAAGUCUAUCAAUUGCCAACGGCUCCACGAGCCAGUCGCAUUUUCGACGAUGAUUCCAUACCACACAAACCCCCAUUUCUAGCUUACAUUUCGAAUUUGCCAUUCGACGCUAAUGAAGACGAUAUCCACGACUUCUUUUAUCCCACGGAAUUGGUUUCGCUUCGCUUGCCGCGCGAGGAUGGCGAAACCGGGCGUGUUCGUGGUUUUGGCUAUGCCGAAUUCGAGACGCGCGAUGACCUAAUUCAUGUGAUCAGCUUGCCUGAUCCUCAGGUCAAGAAUCGGCGUGUUCGGAUUGAAGUGUCGAAUGAGAAUGAACAACAGAGUAAUCAGAGACGGAAUAGGGAUGGUGGGGAUCGUGGAGAUCGCAAUAAUCGCCGGGGCUAUGAUGUCUUUGGAUCUGGGGAGAAUCGCGAGUCAACGAACUGGCGUCGUGACAAGGAAGAGAAUGAUGGGGGUGGACGUGGUGGAGGCGGCGGAGGUCGUAAUUACGAGCGUAAUUUCGAUCGUGGUGGUUAUAAUAGGGAUCGGGCACCACGGGAAGGUUCUGGGGAAAGGGGUGGAGGUGGAUCGUGGCGUACUGGUGAUCGGCCAACUUAUGAUUCGUCUCCUCGACGUGGUGGUGGAGGUGGGGAUGGAUACCGCGAUCGGUUUCGUGAUCGCGGUGGUGAUCGUAAUGAUCGUGGUGGGUUUGAAAGGGGUGGCGAUGGAGGAGGUCGCAGUCGGCGCGAAGAUGAUGCACCUCAACAAGAGCGUCCCAAGUUGAACUUGAAGCCAAGGACAUUGCCGCUUCCUGAGAUUAUUAGUAAACCAGAAGAAGAAGAGGAAUCUGACGCACAACAGCAGCAAGCUGCUGCUGAAUCUGGAUCUGAUGCCGAGACGACCAAGGCAGCACCACGUCCAGCUGGUAUUCCGGCAGAGAAGGUGUUUGGGUCGGCUAAGCCAGUUGAUACAGCUGCUCGAGAGAAACAAAUUGAGGAGCGUUUGGAGGAGACUCGUCGUCAGGAACGAGAACGCCGCGAAAAGGAACAGAAGGAGCAGGAGAAUGAUGUUAGCGAAAAAUUGGCUGAUGUCGAGCUUAACAAAGAUGACAAAGAAACUAGAAAUACUGCAAUUAGUAGUUGGCGUCGAAGGGAUGAAGAUGGUGGGGAUGGUGGCAGGAAAAAUAGUCCCGAUCGUAGGAAUCAAGAGCGUAGAUCUGGUGGUGAUGAUCGUCGUGGUCGUGACAAUCGGGACUACAACAACCGUGAUAACAGAAAUCGCGAUAGAAAUGACAGAAAUGACCGUUAUAACAAGGACAGGCCAAAUAACAGAGAAGAUAGGCCAAGGGAUGACAGCAAACAAAAGCGGGAACCAAGGCCCGAUAGGCCAAUGCCAAAGUAUCAGCCACCUGCCGCUGGCCCGAUUCUACAAACAGCAAACAAAUAUUCCGGACUAUUAGACGAUGACGGCUCCGAUUAGGAAUUGUUUACUACAAAUUUAAAUUCUUUUUAAAAAAAAAUAUAAAUUACUCAGCGGGCUUGUGGUGGAAAUGUACGAUAAGGCCCCCACAUGCCAUUUUAAAUUAACAAAUUAAGAAUUAAAAAAAAAAAAAAAAAAAACAAAAAACAAACCCUACCUAUUUAUCGAAAUCGUAAAAAAAACAGUCUAAAACUAUAAAAAACUAAAAUAUAUAUCUGGGACAUUUUUUAUUCAUAAAGUCAAAUAUCUGUAUCGUUAAAAUUUGUCCUUUUCCACCUUCUUACACAUUUCAUGCUAUUUUAUUUUUUGCCUCGUGUUGUUAUUUGCAAUUUAUUAUUUUUUUAAGCUUUUUCACAUAUCUUAUUUUUACUCUUAUUAUUAUUUUAUAUAUUUCUUUUUUUGUUUUCUAUAUAUGAUUUUUAUAAGAGUCUAUAAAAAAAGAAACAAACGAAAAAAAUAUAACAUGAAUUCUUUUAUUUUAAAAACGAUGACAAAAAAACAAAUGAUGAAACAAACGCAAAGAAUAAAAACAAACAAAUUAAAACUAAAACAAUAGAUAAUGUUUAUUUAAAAACAAAAAACAUAGAUGAAAUAAGAAUUAAAAAAGCAGAAUAAAACAAAGAAAAGAAAAAACAAACAAUUUUUUAAUAGUUAAGUCAAGUUGUGUGUGCUAAUUUAGAUUUACUAAACUUUAAAAAUGGGUCUUCCAAGGGAACAAACGAAACGCUGACAAAUUGGAAGCCCAAAUUAAAAUAAAAAAAAAAAAACAAAAAA